GUUUGCUGAAGACGGCGCGCACAGCUCACGCCAGACGAGUUGGACUGGAAUUACUGCAGACAGAGCCGACUACUUCAGGACAAUAUCAACCUCUGCUAGCCCGAGACAACCGCGACAAGAUGGACAACAACGGCUGGUUGGUUCUGCUGCUGGUCCUCCUGGCGGAAACCGGUACAACUGCAGCCUGGCAGAGUCGAACCGACCGCUAUAGAGGCUACCCACCACAAGGAUACCCUUACCCACCACAAGGAUACCCUUAUCCACCGUACGGUCGGGCCACAGCCAGAUGCAGCAGCAGCUGUUCGUCAGAGUGUUCUUGUCGGCGGGGGUGUGACUGCAGCAACAAAAGCCUCACCAGUGUUCCUCAGGACCUGCCGACAAGCCUGAUCACGUCCCUAAGCCUGCAAAACAACGCCUUCACAACCUUAAACCAGUCCGACUUCUCCAGGUACAGCAACCUGACAACAUUACGGCUGCAACACAACCAGAUCUCCACAAUCAACAGCGGAGCGUUUUACACCUUCACCAGGUUAACUUACCUGUACCUUCACAAUAACCAGUUAACCAUUCUCCGAUCUGACAUGUUUCUGGGACUUGAUAACCUGCGUACCCUUCGUCUGGAUCACAACAACAUCCACAGUAUCGAGGCAGGAACCUUCAAUCUUCCCGGGCUUCGAACCCUGAACCUUUACAAUAACCAGUUAACCCGUCUCCGACCGGACAUGUUUGUGGGAAUGGAUAACCUGGGUAGCCUUGAUCUACGUAACAACAGCGUCCACAGUAUCGAGGCAGGAACCUUCAAUCUUCCCGGGCUCAAUCGAACCCUGAACCUUAACAAUAACCAGUUAACGAGUCUCCGACCGGACAUGUUUGUGGGACUGGAUAACCUGGAGGGGCUUUAUCUGUCUCACAACAGCAUCCACAGUAUCGAGGCAGGAACCUUCAAUCUUCCUGGGCUUCGAACCCUGAACCUUUACAAUAACCAGUUAACGAGUCUCCGACCGGACAUGUUUGUGGGACUGGAUAACCUGGGUGAGCUUGAUCUACAUAACAACAGCAUCCACAGUAUCGAGGCGGGGACCUUCAGUAACUCCCGGAGCCUGUACCGACUGGAACUUCAGAACAACAACAUCGUCGCCAUCGGAUCUAACAUAUUGUCCCAUUCACCAGCGUACCGAUACAUUUCCCUAUCAAACAACGACAUCAACGCUUUCCCAGUGGAGGCCUUUUCCAACCUAAUUACUAAAGGUUACCUGAAGCUGGACAACAACCUGAUGGAGACCCUGACGCCCGCGGCGUAUGACAUCCUGGCCUCUAAUGACGACGGAACUGUGCGCAUUAACAUUGACGACAACCCCUGGCAGUGUGACUGCAGGAUGUUACCAUUCAAGCGGAGGCUGACAGGGUUUCUAGCAUUUGAGAAGACGAUCCGGUGUGAGGGACCUGAUCACCUGGAGGGGAAAAGCUUGCUGGUGGCUGUAGAGCCGGAGGAUCUGAUCUGUGAGGAGGAGACCAGUACCGGUACUACCGGCGCCACCCCUCCGGCCGGCGGGUCAGCCACUGGCAGCAGCGGGCCUUCGCCUGGAUUCUCCCUCUCAGUCUUCCUCAGCGGUUUCCUUGGCGUGCUGGUCGGAGCGCUUCUCGCCUCGGCCGUGUUCCUGGCGAUCUGGUGCAGGAAACAAGAGACGCAGAACCAGUCCUACUCCUGCCCCUCCCCCUCCCUCCACCCCGGCACACACGUCACAACCAAGAACCGCUAGAAGGCACGCCCUGACGUCACAGGAACAGACACGGCAGUCUGAUGACCUAGAGCGUGCCCUUGACCCGGUUCUGUACGACAUUGACCUUGGUUACAGGCUGUGACCUUGGUUACAUUCAAUAUGAACAAAUUACAGUCAAGUUCUAGAGACAACUUGUACUUAAAGUUUUAUAGAGUUCAAAUAUCUUUAGAUGAUCAACUAGAAAUUAGAAGCAACUGUAACGCGACAAAACGUAAUUACCAUUCCUGCCCUUUGGUAGAAAGUUCAAACUUUGGUUGCCUGUUGGUAAAUGAUGUUUCAGUUACUAAACAAUAGGGUUGACUCUUCACUAUAUAUACAUGUGUCUUCACAAAUAUGACAAUUGAAAUUUGAUGACUUAAUGUUCAGUUAUUAACUACUAAAAGUUUUUCAUGGCUGUGAUGAUGCUGU